AUGCCUCCUCCACCUCGAAAUUCAUCAUCGGCGUCGUUGUCGGCGACGCCAGGGCUAGCGAAGGGUCCGAAUAAUAAUUGGCCAACCCAUCUCCGCCAUUUCAGGAGGUCCAGCCACGACCGGUCCCUCGAACACGCCUAUUCGAACUCCCCCGGCGACACUGUCUCGAGCAACUCUACUAUUCGCGAACGCCCUUCGUCCCGUCUGUCAUCCCGCUUGCGCACGGAGCGGCGAUGGACCGUCACCGUCAACGAGUCGCUAGCCCGCGACGAGGUCCUCCUCAACUUGGACCUGAUUGGGGAUGAUAUCCAGCCCGGCAGCCUUGUGGCCAUCGACGUGGUCAAGGCGGACUCCGAGAAACCGUUACAGAACUCGCACCCCAGGCACUUCCAAGAUCGCAAAGAUUCCGCCACGGCGGGCUGCGUAGAAAGGCGCUAUAUCUGCGUUGCAAAGGACAUGCCUAAGGAGCUGAAGGCCCGGUACGCUUCGGUGGAGGUCUACGUCGCCAAACAUGUCGCCGAUGCCUUUGCGAUGAGGAAGGGCACCCAGGUCACCCUCACUCCAAUCGAUGAGAACAAUCCAGCCCUUGAGGCAUCUCAUGUUGAGUUGUGUUUCAAGGACCAGUAUCUCUCUCGAGCCGAUAUGUGGAGGAUGGCUGUUGGAGAGCUGGCCGAGAGGACCGUCUACAAGGGUCAGAUGGUUUUGUUCAUGGGCACCGUCAAGGCCCAGGUGACUGCCGUUUACGUUGAUGGGCGCAAAGCCCAAUCGGCCUUCUUUGGCCGCCACACGAAACCCGUCUUUCGCAGCGAGUCAGCUCGCUAUGUGCUUUUUAUCCAGAUGGCCCGUGAGAUGUGGGACUUUGACCAAGACGGCUCUGGCGAGAUCAUGUUCAACAAGGUUGUCAACGGGUUCCUGCCUGCCCUAUUUAAGAAAUGGGCCGCCAUGAAAGUCAAACAUCUCGUUACCAUUGUCUUGUUUGCCCGCGUCGAGUACGAUACGGGUAUCUCCACCGAGCUGGCAUCUGCCUCGGCCCACCAUGGCUACUACACCGGCGUCCAGGCCUCGGAAGACCAGCGCCCUUACAAGGACUUUUAUCGCGUUGUGGUCAGCGAGAUGGGCAGCGGAGAAUGGACCAGGAUCUUGCAUCAGCUCAAACGCGAAUUCAAUUAUUUUCGGAAAGAUAUCAGCACAUACCAUCAAAAGGCCAUGGAGCCAACCAACUCAGGGGAGGACUCUGGCGAACAGGAGGUGCUGCUAAACAGAAUCAAGGCUGAGGCCUCGCGAGCUAUCCAUGGUAAUUUCCUCGAAGCCAUAAACAUGGCCUCGUCACUAUACGCCCACGAUUAUAUCGACCGAGAUUUGACGAGGACUGGUGUCUCUGUGGUUGUCAUUAGUCCGAGUCCUGGCGUUUUCGAGGUCGAGUACGAUGCAUUGCGCCGGACGACCGAGGCCCUCGCGUGCAACGGCAUCGGUAUCGAUUUGAUCUGUAUCCCCAACAUCCCCCUACAUUCGGUGCCCCUUUUUCGAUACCGGAACCCCCGCCAACCCGGCCAAGUCCAACGCAAAAGCAAGGUGGAUAUCAGCCAGGGGAGCACGCCAAAGCAGACGACGCUUACCUUUGGGAGCUACAGCAGCCUCGCAGGCUCCUACUCACCGAACAAAAGAAUCGAGGGCUCACGAAAUGGCGAGCCAGCUGGACCUCUCUCCUCUCAGGAGGAGUGGGUGUCUGCCAUACCCCAAUGGCUUCACGUCUCAUACUGGACCGGGGCCUCGGAAGAAGAAUUGUCUUACCAGGGCAUCGCCCUGUCGGUUUCAGAUGCCACACAGAAACUGCCUAGCGACGAGUUUCCCAUCCGCUGCCGCAUGUACGAUCUGCAAAUGAGAAGCGUGAUGGAAACUAAUGAGAUUGAGACGAAGCCUCUGCACACGGAUCCUUGUUACCCAUUGAACGCAGUGCUUGCAAGUCAGAUCUCCAAACCGCACUUUGAUCUCGAUAACGACGGCAAUGUUAUCAUCCCGAAUGCGCGUGUUCCGGAGACCCUGUUCGACCACGUUUUCGGCUUUCAGAAGUUUGCGCCGGAUAGACACAGAAAGCCUGGGGAAAAGUCGAUAUGGAGACAGCUACAGGAAUACGAUGAUUGCAGAGCGCGCUUGCCUUCACACAGAAAUGCCAACCAAACGAGACGUUGUCGCGACCAUGAGGAGACCCCGAGGCGGCAAGCCUUGGAGGACACCAGUCCACUGGGGACGUCUUAUACGGACCGCCGACCCUCAACAGCUAGCCAGCAGACGCUCCCCGAACUUUCUCCCUAUCAUCGCCCGACGUCCCAGAGGCUAGAGGUCCCACCCGUCAACCGCAAGAGUAUGAGCGCUCAAUCCAACAAAUCCGAACCCAAGGCUUCGUCGUCACCGCUAAAAGCCCCCAAAUUCAUGCGCCACAUUAGCCUGGGAAACCGGGGUUUUGGCAUUGCUGCCCCUAAAGUGGCCACGGCAGAGGUGAGCAUGGAAAGCGCGGGUGCUUCCAAAACCUUGACGCCGUCCCGCAGUUCACAGGAUCUACGGGUGACGCCGUCGAAACCAGGCCAGCGGCCGUCGUCGUCUCGUAGGCUGACGGGAGGAACAUCCACGUCUGCGCUCUCGCCAGCCCUUUCGCCCUUUUCGUUUGCGCCGGGGCCCCAGUUUCCCACAGACUCGCCGACCCGGCCCAUCGUCAUCAGAAAUCAGCAACUCGAGCCCGCCGCCAUGUUAUCUGGCUCCUCCAUCCUUGCCACGACGCUUCGGCCAGAGCCUGUUGGUCACGACCGGGACUUUCGGUACUCGAACGCCAUCAGGGCAGAGGACGCCAAGAAGCUUUACAACUCCAAAUUGCUUGCCGGCGCCAUCCCGGAGCUGCCCUCUACCCUAUCACCCAAGACAGCUCUUUCGCCCUGGCUGACGGUGCUCAACCCGUCAAACCCCGACACAAACGACGUGGACAUGGCCAUGCUGUACAGCCGUUGGCAACACGUGUUUCCCAGGCCCCAGGAAAUGCGAAUCAUGAAAUGGAAAGGCCUGUGCUCGCCGGCCGCUGUGCCCCUGACUUCAGAAUAUUUUCCAUCAAGAGACCAGUUCGAAGCGCAGUACGAGCGCCAGCCUUACAACGUCUCACAAGAUUUUGACGAGGAGCUUCAAGAAGAGCCCAAGUCACGCGAUGAACUGCUCCGCGAAUUGGUUAGUCUCCGGUUCUCUCAGGGGUUCCAGAUCGUCGUCGGCCCCGCUGUUGCGAAGGCAUUUGGCCAGAAGCAGGUCAAGGUGGCCGACAUCUUUUCGCGGAAUCACAUGAUGGAGGACGGUAUCAGCAUUUUCAUGUCGGUCGGCAACACGAUCCAUCAGCUCUCGUGUGUGAACGGGACUGAGGUCGAGGUCAACAUCUUUGUCCGAAAACCAACCGACUCCUUCGGGCCAUCUUUUAGCUCGCCGACGUUGUACAAGCCAGCAAUCCGGACUUUAUUGGACGGAGGCUACAGGACCAGCGAGUUUGAUCUCGUCGCGCCAAAGGCGGAGAGGAAUUGGAACUACAUUGAUGCUUUUAUCGCCGGCCACAACGACGAGCUGACGGAGCACCUCCGAUUUUGGCGGGCUCGUUUUGUCCUCAUACCAAUGACGGGACGUCGUUCGUCUAUGCCGGGAACCGAAACUGGCGACAAUGAAGAGGAAAUUCGGAUCGAGGGUAUCAGGAAACUGGCUCAGAUGUGGCAGAAACAUCGCUAUGUUCCUCCGAACGAACGGCGACUCCAGGGUUCUGGCAGCACCCGUUCGAAGAAGGACACGAACCCGCUGGACAUUGUUUACAAAACAGAAGACGCAUCGGUCGUGAUUGCAGCCGAGCUAGAGACACUGCCUCUCUUGGAGGGACUUGACCGCAAAGGACAGCUUGUGAGGAACCGGGAGCCGUUCUCCAAGAAAAACAUCAACCUCGCAGCGCUCGCUGAGGCUAUGCAGCAGCCGGUAGAGAACGGGGGUGUCCGGAUGCAGAAUCGCAGGUGGCACUUCCGGCUGCACUACAACUGUUUCAUUGGUUCGGACAUGACAAGCUGGCUCCUGGACAACUUUGACGACCUGGAAGACCGUGAAGAGGCCGAAGCCCUGGGCAAACGCCUCAUGGUUCCGGACGACAAGGAGAAGGAGGGGAAGAAAGACAGCGGGCUGUUUGUACACGUUGAGAAACGGCACCAGUUCAGGGAUGGGCAGUACUUUUAUCAGAUCAGCAACGAGUUUGCAAAACCACACCCACCCGGCUGGUUCAAUGCCAAGCGAGGCCAAGGAUCCAUGCCAUCGACACCAAUGGGGGAGCAGCCGCCGCGGGACGGGAGACCAAGCUUCUCCCGGCCAACCUCAAUUCAUGAAGAGGACUCGCCAGAAUCGGGCGAAACAACGCCAACAGCGCCGCAGGCACCGGCUGGGAAUAAGCCAAAGGUGGUUUUGAGUCGGGUCAUCAAAUACGACGUGGACCACAGGAAGCGAUCAUAUCGCCCCGAGAUGGUGGAGCUGCACUACGACAGGUUACACAACCCGGACAACUGCUACCAUCUUCGUAUUGACUGGAUGAACGUGACGGUUCAGAAGCUUGUGGAGGACGUUAUCGAAAACUGGGCGCGUGAGGCUGGCCAGUAUGGCCUCCGGCUGGUUGAGGUGCCUAUCGCCGAGGCAAGCGCCAUCAGCGAAAUUAACCCUUUCCGGCGGCCGUAUAAAAUCAAGCUCGCUGUGCCGCCGCCAGACCAGUCACCCGUCACCUAUUACGACCCGACGUCGUUCACCCCGCAGGCGCAUCCGGGGCGGCAAUUCUACCAAAAAGCCAUCCUCCGCCGGUUCGACUUUGUGCUCGACAUGGAGGCGGCGUCCAACUUCCCCAGCAACGUGGAUGUGAGCUACUCAUGGGGCAGGCCCGACUUUCGGUACACACAGUACAUCCACCGGUCGGGGUCCAUCCUCGCCGAGAUCACCGAUGACGGCCAUUUCCUGGUUCUCGCCAACCGGCUUUACAGCAGCCGCGCGUUUGCGGCGCGGGAGAGGGAAAUGCAAAAGGAGCUCCGUGUGGAGCGGCAAGAGCAGGGGCCUGCUAUAGGCACACCAGGCCUCGGCAGCUCGAUCCGCGUCAUCACUCCGAGCUCAUACACCCCCUACAACAUCCCAACCCCUCUACCGCCCUACGACUCCUCCCCGGUCGCCUCCCCCGCCCUGAGGCCAGUAACCACGACAACAACAGCCACCACCACCACCGCCGCCCCAACCUCCUCCUCCCUCCUCUCCCCCGUCGUCCGCCCGACCCUCUCCGCACCGGGCACGACGCCGGGCAGCACCAGCGCAUCCGGCACGCCCGGACUAACCCACACCCCCAACCAAGGCCAACCCGGCAAACCCCCAUCCACAUCCGCCACAACAACAACAGCAUGUGCCGGCGGUGGCGGCCCGGGAUCGGGCUGGUCGACGUGGACGACGCGCGAACCCGAGUGGAUCAAGGAUGAGCUCGAGAACUUUUGCCUCGAUGCGGCGGCGCUGGAGGCGUUUUACCGCGAGCUGAGGACGGCGGCGCGGGCGACGACGAGUGCGGGGAGGUGCGGCCAUGACGCCGGCUUUUGGUGCGGCUGGAGAUGGUGCUGGUGCUGGGGGUGGGCGCGGGAGUGGGAUUGA